AUGACCCAUGAUGCUCGAAAAAUGGAGCCAAUUUUGCUGAACUUGGAUGCAUGCCCACUGAACUUUGGCUCUAGCGAGUAUUACAAUGUCAGCAAGUUUUCAAAUCCCCUUUCGGUUCUUAGGUUUUCUCUUUAUGGGGGUUUUAAGAUGCUUAGCAAAGAGACUGAAAACUUGGCUAAUAAUGUUUUCAAGGAGCUUAUGGGGAAGAAUUUGCUGGAUCCUAAUUCGAAAACUUUGUGUGUUGGGGAGGGUUCUGCCUCUGCUGUAUCAGCUCUGCGAGAGCUGGGUUUCCGACAUGCUGUUGCUGUUGGUAGCCACCCAUCUUUCUCACUUCUAAAACGGAGAUUUGUUUGUGAGCUCGACUUUGCGGAUAAUUCCUUCGAUUUUUUGUUCUCGAGAGCUCUUGAUGGGGUAUCUGUGCCAGCUCUUAUCGUGCUUGAGAUUGAGCGUGUUUUACGUCCAGGUGGCAUUGGUGCUAUGCUUGUUGGUGCCCAUGACUUCUACUCUGGAAGCCUGAUUAGGUCUGCCACACCAGUUUCAUUAUAUUUAAAGAGUUCUGAAAUCAUACAUGUGUGUGGUGUUGGCUCAAAUGCUCUAGUCAUCUUUAAGAAAAGAUUUGAAAAUGCUGCUUUCUUUGAGCAAUUUCAACUUCCAAAUGAAUGCCCUGCCAUCACAAAUAACAAACCAUUUAUGAAGUUCAUUGAGCCCCUAACGGAUGAAAAAUCACUACAUACCAAGAGGGAAGUUUCUUAUCUGCCCAAGUUUUUGAAUACUUCAACAAGGAACAGACUCAUUUACAUCAAUGUUGGUGCAGACGAAUCCACAAACCUGAGUAUUUAUGAGCUGUUUAAACCUUAUAGUUCAUUUGGUAAACGAGCAUUCAGUGUAUUUUUGAUGGAUCAUAACACUUCUGUCCUGUCUUCUCACAUCAAAACUCCUGGUAUCACUUUUAUUUACCAUCCAGGCCUCGCAGGAGAAAAUGCUGCUCCGGAACUGGACUCUGAUGAGUACUUGAGUGCUCCAAUGGAUACAGAAGGGUUUGACUUUGCUCGCUGGUUUAAAGAAACAGUGGAAGAUGAUGAUUUUGUGGUCCUUAGGAUUAACACAAGAACACUGAAGUUGAACAUUCUUGGUGAAUUGUUCAAAACUGGAGUAAUAUGCCGCGUUGAUGAACUUUUCCUCCAGUGCUCAGAGUCGCUAGACUGCAAAGGUGCCAUUUGUGAAGACUGCAUGAGUCUUUUCAGAAGUCUCAGAAAUUCUGGUGUGUUUGUUCAUCAGUGGUUGGGGGACUGA